AUGCCACCACGUUCCUUCUACGCUGCAAGACGCGCAAAGAAGCUCAAGGAAAGCGAGGCUGCCAAAGCUCCCGAGGAUCGUUUCAUCAAUCGAGAAUGGGAUGAUGAAGUCGAAAUUAAACUCAGCAUUCAAACGAGAAAUCAACAUGCUAGAUGCAAAGCUACGUUCAUCGAGAUGGCCAGCGGUCCUGACGUUAAGAUUGUCGAGACUCUCGAGCAAACUGAGGCUUUCUUCACCGCCCGAGGUCCUCAAUUCACCUUCAAGGUCUUAAAAGCCUUCAUCGAGCCUUAUGCAGCGACAAUGCAUAGUACCAUCCGGGACACUCCUUCUGUACGCUCUUUGGAAAAGGUGUUGCUCGGCCUCUUUGGAGCGGCAAAGAUUGCGAAGAACCCUGUCGACAAGACUAUCAAGAAGAACACACUCUCAUGGGUCCGGGCAAACAUGGUCAGACGUGGUCUGACCCAUUACGAGCAGAGGAAGAAGCAUGUUGCUACGCCAAAGGAUGUAUCACAGUGCUUGCGCUCCUUCUUCGAUCCUACAUACUGCUCUUCACAGCUCACCACUCGCGAUAUUCUAACCUUUGCUCUUGUUAUCAAUCUGAUGAUCGAUUGCAAUGGGCGCAUCAGCGAGCUCACGAGACCAUCGAUGUCAUAUGAGGAUUGGGAGACGUGGAAGUCGGAAAAUCCCGAGAAGAUCUUCACUUGGCAACAUGUCGAGCUUUUUGCAUUCCCAGGUCCAGAUGGUAAAGCUGAACUCGAGGCACGGCUAACCUUCUCGGGUCUGAAGAACACAGGUCAGAAGGGCAAUAGGGAGAAGUGCAUCCCUCUUCGACUACUUCCAUUGCACCUCGCUGCAGAGGACAGUCUACGAUGGCUUUUGAUAUUAGGUCUAAUCGACCAAGUCUUCCACAACAUCACCAGCUGGGCAGAUUUGGACGCUGUCCGAUGCGAAGCGGGUGGGACAAGAAUCCACAUCAGACCUGACAAGAUGGAGACACCAGUACUUCGCAAUGCUCUUCGUAAGCCGGUUGCAAACACACCAUUGAUCGAGAACGACGUCAUGCGAUAUCAGCAGUUCACAAAACAGCUUAAUGACCUCAGCCGACACAUGGGGCUCGAGAACAAAAUGAUGGCCGGUGCGCUCCGCCGUGGGGGGGCAUACAUUCUUGCAUUGAAAGCUUCAAAGGAGGAGCGCUGUGCUCGCAUGGGCCAUAGUGAUGCUGAUGGCACAUACUGGGCAGCAUAUCGCAAUACCACGUCGUCCAUAGAUUUUCAAGCAUUUCGCCUUGGCUUAGACGAGAAGUCUGUCGUACGAAUGUCCAGUGCACUCCUGAACAGAACCUCACAACCGCCAGACCGUGUCUCCGACCAAGGGAUACAAGAUGUGCACCAGGAUAAAGAGCUGAUGGAGCUCCUGGAUCAACAAUGCUCCCUUGGUGAUCAGCUCAUUGAGAAGUAUGGCUCUCUCGAUGCUUCGCUAAUCGGCACCCCUGAUUCAGACCUGAUCUCGCAAUACCGCAAGGUCAAAGAUAUGUAUGUAAAGAGGGAAGGGCAUCUACUGAACAAGCAAUUCCAAGUUGAGUGGAAAGAAUUCUUUAAAGUUGGCGGAGACUCUCCAAAGCAGAUUCAAGAGCAGCCGCCCGAGCUGGAGCACAAAGCUUCUCAAGUGUCUGAGAUGAUAGAGGCAGCAGAUGUGGAAGACGCGAACCUUGAGCAGAUCGACCCUGUUCUGCUUGACGAGAACGAGAAUGACAUGGAGAGAUCAGCAGAUACCCUGACCGCAGACCUUGAUGCUUUGGAAUCGGACGCCGUCCAAUCGAAUGGAGACCCUGUCAUUGUAGCCAAAUCUGCCAACAAGUUUGCUGCCAGACCACUUGCACGACACUCUCUCCUAUCUGAUCUCUCGGAGCUCUUGUAUGAUCAACCGUCCUCUCUCUCGGAAACUGAGUUUGCGAGCAACAUGGUCACAAAGCUCAACCAUCUUCACUGUGCAGACCGAUUCUACCCCAACCAAGAGCCACACCCUGGCACUCUGUCUUGUAUUGCCUGCGACGAAUCUCUCAUCGGCAUGCUCCAUGAGAACGAACAUGUUGUAUUGUGUCAAGGGAGAACAAUGGCACAGCUCACCAUGGAAAGUUUGAAGGAGAAGGAGAGCACAAUUCCAGCCUGCACAACUUGCUCCAUGACUGUACCAGGCAGAAAAAAGCCUUGCACGUACAAGUACAACGACGAUACUAGUUCGCAUAGAUCUCAUUCCAAGCAUGCUCAUCAAGCAAAGUCGAAAGAGUAUGUCUGCUUUGACCAUGCUACCGACUACGACAGUCUCCAUGACUUUCGAGUACAUCUGAUUACCGAGCACGCAGCACCAUCGAAGAUCUUACCCCUCAAAUCAGCUGGGGGUGUCAUCAAUCCGGAUAUCUUGGUAUUCUGGUGCAAACUUUGCCAGGUGUGGAUUCCUCGGACAGAAUGUCUUGAACAGGAGCACCUGAGGGGACAUAUCGACGAUGUCCAAUCUGCUAUUGCAAGCCACGGAUUCGCAGGUGUCUUCGAAAGCUACAGAUGGGCGCAUCCGUCCUUCUGUAUCUUCUGUCUCUUUGACGACCGGGCUGGGCUGACGACCCAAUUCUACGAGUUUGCUGAUAUGAGACCAUACAUUGCACAUAUCGAAGGACAUCUAAAGGCUAUGGACGGCGUCCAAUCUGUGCUCUGCCCUGCUAGCUCUGCAUCUGCGAACGGGGUUCCUGCUCUUUGUGAUCUGAUGGAGGAACUCAAUCAGGAGAGCUUGGCGAGACAUCUGGUUGAAACUCACGGCUUAUCGGUUGAGGUCGGUAGCUUUGCAAAGGACGGCGCUCCGCCUACGAAGAAGCAGAAGAGGUCUGCACUGGGUGUCAAAAGCGUAAACCAAAAGGUCAAUGUUGCGCAGGAGUUUUCGAAAUCUUAA